AUGAAGAUUCACCGCUGUCGAUUUGUCGACUAUACCCCGCACACCAUUACGUCACUUGCAUUUUCCACUACAUCAUCCCUCGAUAAACCGACACCAUAUGAUUUACGAUUAGCCGUUGGUCGGAAUAAUGGUGAUAUUGAAAUAUGGAAUCCAAGGUAUAAUUGGACACAUGAGCUCACUUUAACUGGCUCUAGAGGAAGAUCAAUAGAAGGGUUGUGCUGGGUAUCUCAGUCAAACAUUGAAGAGAAAAAGAAGGACGGUUUUAGUAGUAGUAGUGGUGGUGGUGGUGGUGAUGGUAGUAGGUUGUUUUCCAUUGGAGGUUCUACUUACAUCACUGAAUGGGAUUUAAAGACAGGCCAGCCGUUGCUGAAUUAUGAUUGUAAUGCCGGGGUAAUUUGGUCCAUUGGAGUGAACAAAAGUGGGAACAAGUUAGCAGUGGGCUGCGAUGAUGGUUCCGUUGCAGUUGUAGACAUUUCGGGAGGUGAGGGCUCAUUAGAGUACGACAUAAUAUGUCAAAGACAGGAUGCAAGGGUAUUGAGUUUAGCAUGGAACAAGGAUGAUCAGAUAAUUGGGGGAUGUGCAGACGGAAGAAUCCGAGUUUGGGAUUACGAUAAUAACAAAGAGACAAAGGGUAGGAUCUUAGCCACUAUGAGAGUAGACAAAUCGAAAACAGAAAGCACACUUGUUUGGUCAUUAAACGUAUUGCCCCAUAGGAACCAGUUAAUUAGUGGGGACUCCACCGGACACAUCAAAAUAUGGGACUUGAAGUUUUUUACCUUGACGCAGAGUUUGAAGGUGCACGAUGCUGAUGCUCUUUGCAUUGUGAGCGAUAUCAAGGAGGAGAAAUUUUAUUCAGCUGGUAUUGACAGAAAGAUUCACCAGUUUGACUUGAUUAAUACAAAGACCAGCUCGAAAUGGGUACACAGUUACAAUAGGCUUCUACACUCGAACGAUAUUAGAUCAUUGGCCAUUUAUGAAAGUAAAUCCUGUAAUAUCUUAGUGAGUGGUGGAGUAGAACGAGCUAUCAUUAUACAGAACUUGCAACAGUUUCAUCAUGGAAAGUAUAAAAAAUUACUCAUUAACCAACAGAAAAGUAAUGUUGUUGUUGACAUGACGCAUAAAAUGAUUGCAUUGUGGGGCGAUCAGGAAGUGAAAAUAUGGAAGAUAUUAGAAUCGGGCAAGCAUAAACUAGUUGCAAAAUUGACAUUAUCUGGCGAUGAAAACUUAACAAGUGUUGAUUUAAAAGAUCGAAUUUUAGUGGUUUCUAAUAUGACCUCCAUAAAAGUAUUUGAAUUAGUAGAAUCCAAAACAGGAAAAUGCAUUGUGAACAAAGUAAGAGAUGAAAAAUUCGAUUCAUUAGUAUCGGGGGCUAAAGUAGUCAAACUUCUCAAGGAUUGCAAGCUCUUGAUUUUGACCCCAGACGAAGCUCUUUACCGGUUCACACUAGAUUUGGGAGAGACGAUCAAAAUUAACCUCGAUGAAGAAAUAGAGUUGUUAGACUCAAGUAAAUCUAGUAUAAAUACUUUUACGGUAACACCCGACUUCCAAGCCGUUAUCACAUCAAGAUUUGAUGGGUCAGUUGAAGUUUAUCCCUUGGCAAAUGAUGAUAACGGCAGUGGUGGUGGUGGUGGUGAUGGUGGUGAUGGCGAUCCCUAUGUGUUGACCAAGCUAUCUUCAUAUCCACAUUUGAUAGCAUGUCAUGAUAAUGAGAAAAUACUCGUUUUGUAUGAUGAUAAUAAGUUGUGCGAGCUCAACAUUAAAAAAGACAACCUGUUACUCACACCAUGGUCAAAACGUAAUAGCGAGUUUUUGCCACGACAAUUUACAUCAUUGGAGGACAAACCGCAAGGUUUGUUUGUCAAGGAUUCCAAAGCAUGGUUAUAUGGGUCAACGUGGAUAUGCUAUUUCGAUUUAACUCAAAAUAUUCCCAUUAAUAAGAUGUACAAGAAUCUAGGUAACAACAGCAAUAGCAAGAAGAGAAAUAGAAAUGGGCUUAGUAUAGAUGAAGAAGAUGCCACUGAUGAAACAGAUGGGCAUAUUUACCAGUUAGAAAAUAGUAUGAAACAAAGUGAACUAGACAAGUUAAGAGAACAACUUAAGGAGGAAGAACGCGAUAAUGGUGGGUCACAAGAUAAACCAUUUUGGAUUACAACUGCCUAUAGGCCAAUAAUGAAAGUAGCUGAUUUUGGUUCCGACGAGUUGGUUGUUAUUGAGAGACCAUUUUUCGCGUUACCAACAACUCCUGCAUUUAACUUGCCAAAAAUGAUGAUAUAG